UAAAUACCUAAAAUGUUUCGAUUUUCGUAAACGUAUUUACCAUUCUAUUUUUAUUUUUAUUAUAUUCUACAUAUGUAGAUUUAAUACAUUUCUCAUCAAAUUAAUAAUACGGCUAUAAAAGUUACGUUCACAAUAUAUAUAUAUAUUUUUAAACUACGGCGAUUUUUAGCAUUUUAUGUAACCUAAAAUAUGAAAUACCAGAUAUCAUAAACAUACCAGAAAUCUUCCAGCUAUAAUGACGUUACUGCUAAAAAGUGUUUGGCGCACCGUGCUAAGAGGGGGCCAGCUAAACAACGCGUUGAGGUCUACCAGCUUUUCAAGUGUUUCAGUGACAGACACUCGCAGCAAAACCCCAGAUAAUAUUCUGAUGACAAUUAAAACAGCGCCAAGCACUCGUGAAGUUUUGGCUGCAGUACAAGCCAAUCUACCUCUCCUGACCCACCGGCACAUGUUGCAGGCUCUAAGAAGUUUGUUUGAACUACAGAAAACUAGCAAAUACGACAAAGAUAGAGAUACAGAUGCGAUAAUCAAAGACCCAACGUUUAGCGUUCUCUGUCAAAACUUUAAAAAGCAUGCUCGCGCUCUGGACGUGAACGAAAUCGUAGAAGCCGUAAAAGUUCUUUCAUACCUCAAAGUUCCAGUUGACUCGCUAAUAGUCCAAACUAUGCUCCAAUUGAUCAGAUGCAAUAUCAACACGUUGAACACCCAGCAGAUUAUGUUUCUUGACUUUCUUUUAUCCCAAUUUGGGGCUAAAAAUCAUUUAGUUGACGCCCUUAAGUUGGCAUUGCCUUUAGCAUUCCAAAUCCACCUUCCUUUAGAAUUAGACGAUCAGGACUUACCUUUGUUGAGAGAUAUGUUACUCUACUGUUGCUCCCAUGAUUUACCAGACCGCUGCAUCAACAAUGUGGUGACGGGGUUACUUUUGCAUGAUCAAGCGUUAAAUGCUCAAAUGGCUAAGUCUAUAAUCUGGGCGCUUUGUCAGGUGAAUUGCACGGAACAAGUGUUUCCAACUAGAGUUCAAUUACUGCAUAUAUGCUGCGAUAUAUUGACACACUCCGUAGACAGUUUGCCGUACGAUGAUGUUUUGAGAACGGCUGCAAGGUUGAAAGGGAGAAUUCUGGAGAAGCAUCCCGAGUAUUAUCAUCAGCAGUUGAUGGACGCGAUCGCUAAUUAUGUGAUCAAUAACAAUGUGGAGUUUGAGAAGGGGCUGCUUGUUGCGAGAGUACUCUCUAGGAUUGCUCACACACACCUCUCUCUGAUAGAAUACCUGUGCCAUAAAGCCGCAGCGCAACCGGAUACAUUGUCAAACGCCCGCACAAAUAUCUUCUUCGGAUUCAUCAACUGCUUGGCCAAUAACAACUUCACGCCCGAACCUGACCAAUGGGAAGAAUUACGAAGGCAAAUAUCAGCCAAUCCGUUGUUGAAUGCGACCAAUGCUGCAUUGCCAUGGGCGAAGCUUUGCCUCGAGUUGGCCUCACUCGGCUGUUACGAAGUUAGGUUAUUGAAUAGAGUGUUCUCGAAAGAAUUCUUGGACGAAUAUCUUGCCAGAGACAACAACACGUUGGACUAUCUUCAGCUUUUGACUUUAUAUGAGGCAGUACAAACGUUCUACAGUGAGGAUUAUAAACUGCCGGAGGAGGUGCUGCGGAAAGCUAAGGAAAUGUAUCCCGUCCAUUCGUUGACUGGUGCCCUGGUGGAGCAUUUGACGAGAGGGUUGGGGGGUCCGGAGUAUGUUGCCAAGAAUGUGGCGCUGCCCAACGGUAUUGUUUCAGAUGUUCUUGUAGCUGUGGAAGGAGGGUGUCCAAUAGAACUACCGGCCUUAAGUAGUAGUUCUAAAGUGCCCAUCGAACAGCUCAAUAUACCUCAGGGUGCGAUUAUAAUAUGCGUCAUGAAUUUCAACCAAGGCUGCUUCUCCAUGAACAGCAAUCGUCUUCGGGGACCGUUCCGGCUCAUUCUAGAUAUAUUGGAGAGACAGGGAUACGCGACUGUUGCGUUCAAUGUCAGCGAGUGGCUGAAUUCCCCCGAGCAUGAACGCACGCCUUACCUCAUGAGGGAAAUAGGAUAUAAAUGCGGGGAAAUAGGAUUGAAAUUGUCGGCAACUUGAUAAAAAUUAUAAUUUGAUUGUUUAUGUUUAUUUUUAGACAUUUGGCACCAAUUCUGUGGUACACAAAAGUUUUUAUUGACAAAAUUAAAAAUCACGUACUUUAUUAAGUUUAGUUUUGUUUAUG